CUAUUUAUUGACAAGCAAGAUGAGAAGACGAGAGUAUCAAGCCAUCAUAGAAAAGAUACCUUCUUUUUACUCUAUCUAGUUCACCGUACAUGCCGAUCUAGAUGCAACAGAGUCUUUGGCGUUUAAUCUCUACCUUUACAAGUCAGGACUCAGGAGUGAUAAGGUCAUCAGCUUCACCCGCAUCUAUCAAAGCAUUUUGAGAUUCAAUCAACUCAUUAACAUCAACCCAUUUAUUUUCAAGGAAAAGGCGAGGAGCAGGCACAGCACAGUCCAUCCUCUACACAUUCUAAAGGAUAUUCACUAUACAACCUGUACAUCACGAGUUUUAUGAGAGGUAGAGUUACUUCUGUCGCAUCUACCGUACAGAGCAUUUGACAUUUGAUCAACUACAACGUACCUAUUUACUCAUAAAAAAGAGGCAAGGAAUAAUCACAGGAAACCUACUCAAAAGAACUUUCAGUAUACAAAUUGUUCACCAAAAGCUUGUGUUUAGAUCUAUGACCAGCUAGUUUUAUUUUCGAUUUCCUUUAAAGUAAACAAACACUGCUACCAGGAGUAUUAUCCGAAAAGGUAAAAUAGUACUGCGCGGUUUGCUCAAGUAUCUCUCGAAGCAUUUCAAAAUGGAUAAUGUACAAGAAAACGACAGCAUCACAGCAAUACCUAAAUCCGAAAUGGCCAUUCCCUCAGGAUUUCAUACUGUUGAGCAGAUUAAGAAUCUGGAUAUCCUACCAGGUGGAACUGUGAAAAAGCAAUUUGUCAACGUAAUAGGAUUCGUGAUGGAUUAUCAACCCCCUAUUAAAACUAGGGGAACAGGUGGGCAGUUCAUAUAUAACAUAAUUAUAACGCACUUCUGCGCAAUAUAUACUAACGUAUUGGCUCAGAUUUUAAAAGCAGUUUUCAAAUAAAAGAUUAUUCUUCACGAUCACAGAAACUUGGCCUAAGAAUGAGUGUUUUUGCGUCAGAGGAUAAAAUGCCACGAAUCUAUAAUCCCAAAGAUGCUGUGCUUAUCCGUAAUGCAAAGGUAUUCCCCUUCUCAUUUCCUAUUGUUCUGCUUGUCGAUUGACAGAUCAAAGGUUCAAAUGCGCAUGGGAGAGAUACAGUUAUUAUCUCACAUUUCCACUGAAUACCAUAUACUCCGUUCUGCGAACAUCCCUAAAGUUAUCUUCCCCAUUUCCAAAGCCCCUUGGAUUUCGACACCACCUGCUAGAUGCCGACGCCCAGAACCAACCGAGACCAAGUAUGUGAUAUGGUCAAACCAACACCUCGACGAACUUGAGCUCCCUAACACUCAAGAAUUUCAGGAAAAAGCAGAUAAAGCUAUGAAUGUCAGGGAUAAGUAUAGUCUACUCAAAGAUGUAAAGGAAGGUUCAUUCCACGAUAUCAUUGGUGAAGUGAGGAAGAUCUAUGGAGCGAGCUAUGAUAUGGUUACUGUCUACCUUACGGACUACACAGCUCACCCUAACUUUUACAACUAUAUUCUACCAGAGUUAUCUAAUGUCACGACGGAAGGUCGCGAUGGUGAUGAUUACGGUUAUAUAAAAGCAAAGCCUAGGGACGAAGCAAAAGAAUGGAAAGGUCCAUUCGGGAAAAUGACCAUUCAACUCACAUUAUUCGACUCGCAUGCGGAUUUCGUUAAAGAAGAGGUCAAGGAAGGCCAGUGGCUUCGUUUGACCAACGUUCAAUUCGUUGUCGGCAAAGCGGGUCUAUUAGAGGGCAAGCUUCGUGGUGAUCGAGGAUCAUUUGAGGGUAAAGUCCAAGUCGAGAUCAUGAAACAGUCUGAAGAUCCUCAGAACAGUGAUCCCCGAUGGAAAGAUUGUGUUCAACGAAAGCAUGAUUGGAACAAGAAGCACAAAAAGGACAUGAAGAAAUUUCAAGAAGAAAUUGCGAGGGUGGGAACCAAGCGCAAAGCUGAUGGACAGCCAAGCGGGAAGAAUUCCAAGGCCCGAAGAAAGGAAUUACGAGCCAAAGCAGAUGCCAAAACUGCUGUGAUCGAGACGAAAAUUACUAAAAAUCUUGAUUUGAAUGACAAUGGUAAGUUUUCGUGCGACGAGUUAUUCAUAAUUAAUAAUUCUAUAGUGGUAUUACAUCCUUCUCGGCCCCAUGAUGCUAUAGUGCCUCUAUCAACUAUUCUGCAACGCACACCCCUUUCAUCGGAUCCCAAAUUUGCCGGAAUUCAUGUGCCCUUUGAAAAUAAAAACUACAAAGCCAAUGUUCGAGUGGUAGAUUAUUUUCCUCAAAAUAUUGCCGGCUUUGCAGUUGGCCGCAAACCCAGUGAAUAUGACUUGCUAUCUGAUUACAGUGGUGAUGAUGAAGACGGCCCUGAAAAUAAUAUGCAGAGUUUUCGCGAUGGAGAGAUUUCAGAAAAGAAGUGGAAAUGGCGAUUUGCACUUGUGGUUGAGGACGCAAAUCCAGAUGCUUAUAAGGACAGAGCUACUCUUAUUGUGGGAAAUAAAGAUGCACAGUUGUUAUUUAACGAUCUGAAUGACGCUUGCAAGUAUGACUUCUUAUCCUUAACCCCGUAUUUUCAUGCUAGAUCGUCAUCGAGAAAAUCAAAGCUAAUAAGACUUUAAAGCCUACGAACAAACCCAGAAAUGCUGAACAAUGUUAAAGAAAAACUCUUCACACUCUGGGGUGAUUUAGAAGAGCAAAAAAUAGCCAUGCUUGCAAAAGAGGUCCAAGAAAAACCGCAAGAAGAAGAAUCGCUACCAGAGAUUUCCAAAGCAGCAGAUUCAGAAUCCGAUGACGACGAAGAUGACCCUAAACAAACCAAUGGUAGUCUACCACCAGACGACGAGGAAACGGAGAGCUUGAACUAUGCAAAACAAAACAAAAUCUCCAAGAAAUCUACCGCUUCUGUGGAAAAAGAUUUCAAUCUACAAAGCAACAAGAAGAUUGAAAAGUUACAAAAACCACUAGAACUUAAGCCGAGAAAUAAACCCUUUGAAUGCUGCAUCAAGCAGUAUGGCAUCAAAGUAAACGAAGAAGAUCCGGAGAAAGCCGAUGCGGGCGAAGGAAAAAGAUGGCAGAGAGUUUUCGGGCUGUGGGGUACUACGAUUAGAUAGACAGAUGAGUGUGGGCUGGUUGGUCAUGAGGGGUAUGGGAUUGGAUGUCUGUUGUGUGUAUACAUGAUGUAAGAUCUUAUGAUUAGGAGUUGGGAUUUCGAUUUUGAUAUCGUGAUGGUGUUUAUUAUAGUCUUGAAAUUACCUAGGAGUGAUUAGUAUGUGAGAUGGAUGAUUUAUGCCCGGGGUAAAGCACUAAAGUGGGAUCGAUCCGCUUCGUCUUGGUGGG